AUGGACACAUCAUGGGGUGCGCUGAUGAACAAAGUAACCAAAACUCCUAAUCAGGCUCAUUUACCAGCUCAACUUGAUAAGGUCAGCACAGGCACACAGAUUAUAGGGAUCUCAAUCUCUAUCCACAUCCUGGUAGUCUUGUUCUUCCGUUUCAUGGUUGAAAGGGAAGACAAUCACUCUAGCCUCCCAGACGGGAAACCGCCAACUUCAAGCAAGGAAAUAAUGAAUUUAAUUGAGAAAAUUGUGAUGAAACCGAGUGGUAAGAUCAAUAUCCUAACAACAUAUCUGGCUAUAUUCCUCGUAGGAGUUGUAGAAGGAAUACCUCUUGUUGUUACACUUGCCAUAAGGUAUUGGAAUAAGAAGAUAUUAUCUGGAAAGGCCACUUCUCAAGGGACUUUGGCUUGUGUCACCAUGGGAUCUGUCACAACUAUUUGCACUGACAAAACUGGAGUCCUAACCUUGAACACACUGAAAGUGCACAAGUGUUACAUUGGUGAUGAAGUCAUAGAAACUGACUAUGUCACUGGAAUAAACACACAUGUUCGUGAAGCUUUGUGCAACGGAAUCAGCACACCCCUUCUGACACCAAGCCCUCAUUGCAGCUCAACAGAUGACCCGCUCCUUUCCUGUGAUGACUUCAAUUUGGGAAUGCAAUAUGAGGUUUUGAGGCAAAAUUGUUCCAUUGUGGAGAUCAAAGGAUUGAGCACCAAUGAGGAAGGCAGUGGAGUAUUGAUAAGUAGUCCUAACAAUGAAGGAGAUAUGCACUCGCAUUGGAAGGGACCUGCAACAACAAUAUUAGACAUGUGUUCGCACUACAAUGAUAACAAAGGGGAAACAAAGGUCAUGGAUGAACAUAGUAUAUUGGCUUUUAACCAAAUCAUAGAGGGUAUGCAAUCCAAAUAUCUCAAGACCAUCGCAUUUGCUUACAGACAGACUGAGGUUUCGAUGCUAGAAGACAACAGCUUAAUCUUAAUAGCACUGCUCGGUGUGAGGUAUUCAUGCUGUACAGAUAUAGUGGAAGCUUGUCAAGAAGCAGGGGUCAACAUCAUACUGGUCUCAGAAGAUAAUGUUUCAGACCUGAAAGACAUUGCUGAUGAGUGUGGAAUACUUCUGAACCCAAACAGAUCGGUAGAAGGUAAAAGUUUUCGGAAUAGCACCCAAGAAAAGAGGAUGGACAUGGCAGAUAAAAUAUGCGUCAUGGGAAACUCCACUCCUUUGGACAGGCUCCUCUUGGUGCAAUGUCUGAAAGAAAAAGGCCACGUUGUAGCAAUGGUUGGAGUCGGAACAAAUGAUGUUCCAACUUUGAAAGAAGCUGAUGUGGGCAUUGCAAUUGGAACUUGGAGUAAUGGAGCGGCAAGAGAGAGCUCAGACAUUAUCAUCUGGGAUAAAAAUGUCAGUUUCUUGGUCACCAUUAUUGGAUGUGGAAGAUGCAUAUACUACAACGUUCAAAAGUACAUUCAACUGGAGCUCACCAUGAAUAUAGCAUGGUUGUUGAUAACAUCCACAACUACAAUGUGUUUGGGACAAAGUGCAAUUGCAGCCAUCAAAUUGGUGUGGGCAAACAUGGUUGUGACUCUUCUAGGCGGGCUUGCUCUAUUGUUGGAGCCUCCAACAGAGGAACUCAUGAAGAAGGCACCAAUCAAACGAAAUGAAUCUCUCAUUAGCAAGCCAAUGUGGAGAAACAUAGUCAGUCAAGCUUUAUAUCAGACUGUCAUUUUGAUCACCUUUCAAUACAAAGGACCAAGUAUCCUAGGCAUCAGCAAGAAGGUGGCUUUUGUUGAGAUUGCACACAUUGUUGUUGGCAAUGCAAGGUUGAAUUGGGCACAGUGGGGUAUCUGUCUUCUAAUUGGGAUGGUCUCAUGGGCUAUUGAUCUGGCUGUUAAGUCUGCAACCAGCUUCAUACUCAGCUCAGCAUCCAUUAGUAGGACUAUGACACCCUCUAAUGUCUCAGAAUCCGCUUCUAAUCUAGAGCUCCCACUCAUUCAUGGAAAUUCCACAUGA